AUGGGAAAUGUUUGCUGUUGCCAGGCACAUUUAUGGAAAGCAUGCUUUACGGACAGGCUUGGAGGUAACAAAGUAUCAGAAGAAAUUCCAAUGAUCACCAGCAAUGGAUAUCGGGCACCAGUUUCGCCGGACACCAAUUCCGAUCACAAGGUUAGUCCCCAUGUGGUCGUAGGGCUCUACACCUUCUCAGCCACCGAAGAAAGGGAAAUGUCUUUCUCAAAGGGCGAUCGUAUGAUGGUACUCGAGGACUCCGGAGAGGACUGGUUGAAGGUUCAGGAUGUUAACGACAAGAAAAAGCAAGGUUUUGUACCCAGGAAAUUUUUAGUGGAAGAGGAGAGCCUAGAGAGAGAGGAUUGGUUUUUCGGUGCCAUCUCCGUCAAAGAAGCAGAAAACGUCUUAAGGUUGGAUAAAAAUAUACCAGGCAUAUUUCUGGUGAGAUACUCCGAAAACAGUCCAUCUGGUGUCAGUCUGUCUAUCAAGGAAAGGGUUUCCCAGAGCGAAUUUAGCGUCCAAUCCUACAUCAUAAACGUCACCGACAACGGCAAUCUUUUUCUGGUAAAAGGGCACGAAUUUCCAGACUUGAAGGCGUUGAUCCAUCACCACACAGGUUCUGAAAAUGCAAGUCCAAAGCUAACCCAACCUUGUCACAAGUUGCGACCUCAAAUGUACGAUUUGAGUUACGAGACUUCGCAGGAAAAAAAUUGGGAAAUUCCUCUCCAGGAUUUGGAUAUAGGCCAACAAAUCAGCAGCGGUAAUUUCGGGGUCGUCUACCGGGCCGUUUGGAAAAACAAAACAACGGUUGCCGUCAAAAAACUAAAACAAGACGAUGUCGAAUCCUUAGAAGAAUUCAAGAAAGAAGCUGAAAUCAUGAAGGCUAUAAAGCACGAUUGUAUCCUGGCUUUGUUCGGUAUUGCAUCAGGCGACAACCAUCUUUUCAUAGUGACAGAGUUCAUGGAAAACGGUUCCUUGAGAAGCUUUCUACACAAAAAUAGAAACAGAUUGACCAAAACCGAUCUUUUAGACUUCUCCAAACAGUGUAUAAGGAUGUGUUACAAUGCUUCAUACAAUGAAGUAUUAUAA